UUUGUCUGGAAGCCGUUAUUUUAUCGCGUUUGGUCCUGAAGGCUGAAGCCCACCACAAGAAGCUCCUGCAGUAGCCGAAAAUAUAGAAUGAAGGAAUGAAUCAAACGAUUGCAGCGCCAACUCCUUCAGCUUGCUUCUUUACUGAUAGAGGCAGUACCUCUCUGCAAUUCAGAUUGAACCAUAAAGCCGUGGUGAUUACCAUGAAAGACAGAAGCAAGAACCGCAAGCCGCUGCAGAGAGGCAGGAAUCUCAGCAUCGAAGCAAUUCAAGCCGUGCAGGCCUUGAAGCGAGCCAACCGCAACACUUAUAAUAAUCCCUUGCCGGAACUGGAGCGCGUCUUUGACUUCAAGUUCCGGCGCUUAUUGAAGUUCGAUAUGAUGGCUGUUCUCCGGGAACUCCUCCGGCAAAACGAAUGCCUUUUGGCUCUCAAGGUUUUCGACGAAAUUCGAAAGGAGGUCUGGUACAAGCCUCAGGUCUUGUUAUAUGCUGAUUUGAUUGCAGUGUUUGCCAGCAAUGGGUUGUUUAAAGAGGCUGAGCUUCUUUACUCGUAUUUGAAAACAGAAAGCAAAUUAGAUCAAAACAUCGAGGGUUUCAAUGCUCUAUUCAAUGCAUUGAUAAAUUUUAAGCUCACUCAACUCGUGAUGGAUUGCUAUGGGUUGAUGAAAGCUAUAGGGUGUGAACCAGAUAGAUCAUCAUUUAGAAUACUCAUAAACGGUCUAGAAUCGAAAGGCGAAACAGGAUCUUCAGCACUUUUAAGACAGGAUGCUCAGAAAUAUUAUGGUGAAUCUUUGGAGUUCCUUAAGGAGGAAGAAGAGGUUACAGCUAGCUAUUAACUUAUUUGGUAGGACAACUGAUUAAUCACUGUUUGUAAGUGGUCUGGAGCCAGCUUUCAGAGAACCUUUUAUAAAACUAGAGAUCGCUUUCUGGUAUUACCUAUAGUAUUUUGGCAGAGCCAACUUAUUUCUAGUGGUAAUAAGAUGCCAAUUCCUAGUAUUUUACUUUCUCUGAUGUAAUACUACCAGUCGUGCAGGUCCUGUAUUUUGGCUGUUUAUCAGUUUAUUCUUUAGAUUGUUAUCUCAGCUGCCCAGACUUAAGGAUCAACGACUUUUGCUUUGUGCCAUUAGAGCCUUUAGGGGGUGGGUGCCCUUUUGUGGGCAUUCUGCCGAGCUGAUUUCCAUAUUUCGCAGCUAUUAGCUUUACUCUUCAUGUGGAAGCAAAAUAUUUUGCGGGCGCAGCAUCUGGAAAUACACUCAAAAGCAAAACCAGAGAAUGCAAGCAAACGCUGCCUCAGACAUCUCAAAGUGUUCCUUGGGAAAAUUGCACCAGCCACCGUAAUCUGCUGAAAGCCCAUAAUUCGGUGGACAGAAAUCUGUGGCAGUGAGGAUGACAGAGGGGCUCCCUUGGAGACACCACAAGAUAUGGUCAACACAUCUGAGCUCAAAGCAACCUCCACAGGUACUCCCUUUGUUGAAUAACUUGGUACUAAGUCCAGCACUGUACUUCCCAUAGGUCGCCUUGUGAAUAUCCCCAUAACCACAAGCUCCUCCUGCCAGAUUAGGCCAGUACUGUUAGCUUAAAUUAAUUUUAGUUUUCUGUACCAAUUUGAAAUACUUGUUAAUAUAAAAGAGCAUUCUGUGGUUGAAACUCUAAAUCGAAAGUUGCAAUAGAAAGUACCUCUGAUGAUUGA